AUGGAUCCCCGUGUCUCUACUGCUUCAGGCCCGAAGGCCAAACGGUGGUCCAAGAACCCUGGAUCGUCGCAUCUGCUGCGAAAUGUCAGGACUCUCAGUGCGGAGCGCCUCGCUGUGGAAGCCCCAGAAGAGGAGGGUCGGCCGCAAACAUGCCCCGCGCCGACGUUAACGCCUCACCUGCACUGGAACCUGAACAACUCAGCUCUCAAUAUGCUGCCAAAGAACCAAGUCGAAGAGCUGUACGGGUUGUUCAUGUUCUACGACUCGUCCACGAUUGGAGACGCGCUGCCUUCGAUCAACUGUACGCGGUUCAUGGAGCUCCUGCGCGACGCCGGACUGCUCAGCAACAAUGAUGUUAUCCCUAGUUCCAGCUCGGUUGUGCCACCGACGGAAGGACUUCGGGUUGAGAGUGUCGAGAGGAUCUUCGCACAGGCUGUCAUGGGCAAAAUGCGCGUCUACUUGGACGCAGACGACCAGCCAGCGCUGACGUUCUCGCUCUUCUGCGGCGCCAUCAUGAAUUGCGCGAUGCUGCUGGUUCCGUCGGAGCAUCCCACCGACGCGUUACGCCAGACUCUUCCGAGGCUUCUCGCCUGCUCGAUUGGCACCGAGCAUCACGCUUCAGCGGCGAAGAAGGGGUUGAUCGGACACCUCCCCACGGGUGGCACGCUUUCGUGUUGGAUACCCGAGCAAUCACAUGCUCCGCUCCCUCAGCCAGAAGACGGUCAACAAGACUUCCGAGACCUGCCGUCUUUCCAACAAGUCAUCGCCGACUGUGAGAGCGACAUGGCGCUCGAGGAGCUCAGGCAGGAGAGAGUGGCAAAGCUCUACCAUAUCCCUGAUCGCCUGCUUGCGAGCUUCGAGCACGACACGAUCGCACUCAUUUCGGACAAGUUCCGUCUGUAUGAUGUCUCUGAACGCGGAGUGCUGCCACGCCACGAGAUAUUCGCGCUGCUCUCGGGUCUGGGCAAACGCGUAGACCUUCCUGAUCCGUACUCGGUGCUCCCGAGGCUCUUUGCUUCUAAUAACCCGAUGAGUGGUGGAGGCACCGGCGGUGGAAUUAGCAGCGAGAGUGAGAUGACAUUAGCGGAGCUGCUCCUAGCCAUUGAGGUGACUCGAGAGGCCAAGCGACAUUCCUCCGCAGCACGCCUUGCCUCGAUGAAGAUCCGACUGACCCGAGCAGCUACGAAGCCAGACACAGCCUCUCCUUCGAACCAAACGCAGACGAUGACAACCAAAGUUUACUGGAACUGA